AUGUUGUCCAAAUUUUGAAAAAAAAGUCAUAGGUUAGUAAGCCUUCCAAAACCUGGUAAAAAUGUAGACCAUAACAGAUUCUGCUUUGUUUGCCUUAGAAAAAGUCAGUCCAUGUCGACUGUUUAAUGAUGUGCUUACCUGUGUCUCUGUCUCUCAGAGGCAGGAAUGCGCCUUCCCUCGCUGCCACGCUCAACAUGAGAGAGUGGUGGAUCCAUGUGGGUUUGAUCUGCAUCCCACUGGUGGCCGUCUACCUGCACAUCCCACCCCCACAGCUCUCACCCGCCCUGCAGAAGUGGCACAGCACUGGCCAAGUGUUCAACUUCAGAGGCAACAAGAUCUUCUACAGAGACUCCAAUGGGGCAUUAGGAAGCUCCGAUGUCGUCAUCCUGCUGCACGGCUUCCCCACCUCCAGUUACGACUGGAACAAGAUCUGGGAGCCACUCACUCAGCGCUUCCAUCGCGUCAUUGCACUGGAUUUCCUGGGCUUUGGCUUCAGUGACAAACCACGUCCACACAGAUACUCCAUCUUUGAGCAGGCCAGUGUGGUGGAGGCUCUUGUGGCUCACUUAGGUCUGAGCAACCAGAGGGUUAACCUGGUGUCUCACGACUAUGGAGACACUGUGGCCCUGGAGCUGCUCUACAGGAGUGACCAAAAUCGCACAGGUCACCUGACCUUCAACAGCCUAUGUCUUUCUAAUGGAGGAUUAUUCCCUGAAGCGCACUAUCCUCGGCUGCUGCAGACACUCCUGAAGGACUUCACUGUUCUGGCUCCAAUUCUGACGCGUCUUACCAACUUUAUGGUUUUCCAAAAAGGGAUUGGAGAAGUGUUUGGUCCGUACACGCAGCCGUCAGAUGCUGACUUCUGGGACAUGUGGACCAGUUUGCGCUACAAUGACGGCAACCUAGUUCUGGACAGUAUUCUGCAGUACAUCAACCAGAGAUUUAAACACAGAGAGCGAUGGGUGGGCGCGCUCACUUCCACCUUCAUCCCAUUGCAUAUGAUCUAUGGACCUCUGGACCCCGUCAACCCUCAUCCACAGUUCAUCCGUCUUUACCAGCAGCUGGUGCAGAGGUCGACCUUGACCGUCCUGGACGAACACAUCAGUCACUACCCUCAGCUGGAAGAUCCCACCGGCUUCCUCAACGCUUAUUUCAACUUUAUUCACUCUUUUUGAGUAGAAAUGCACAAAAAAAAACAAAACCCUGUUCAAGAAUUUACCAGCAUCUAUGUCUUUUUCCGUCAUAGAAGACACGAUGUGAGCUAAAGAAGAAACAACAAUGCAACUGAUUAAUUUACUAAUUACAUUUGCCACAUUCUGGGUUCCGUGGCCCCUUGAUGCCAUUUCAAUUCCCUCCUUAGAACACCAGCUGUUAUCUGAACGAGUGCUAUGAUUUUCUACAUUUCUCUUGUCAAUGAAAUGUCUUCCUUUCUUCAAAAUAAAACCUAGUUUUGUAAGAAAACAAAACAAA